AUGAUUAGCCUCCUUCUACAUUUCCUUAUCUUCACCUUCUAUUCUCUUCCUGCUUCCCUUCUCCUAUUCUCUUUCCAAGUUCUCCUCCUCGUCUCUUUAUUCUUUCUCCUCCUACUCGCUUCAUGCUUUCUCCUUUUCCUCUCUACCUGUUUGCUUUCCCUCCUCUCUUUUUGCUUCCUCCUCCUCCUCCUCUUUUUAUUUUUUCUCCUCUUAUUCUUUGUUUUCCCCGCUUGCUCUCUUUCUGUUUGCUUUCUCUUUCUGCUUUCUCCUCCUUUCUUUCUGUUUUUCCUCCUCCUCCUCCUCCUCCACCCCCUCCUCCUCCUCCUCCUCUUUUUAUUCUUUCUCCUCCUAUUCUUUAUGUUUUCUCCUCUUGCUCUCUUUCUGCUUUCUCCUCCUCUUCUCUUUAUUCUUUCUCCUCCUACAAUCUUCAUGUUUUCUCAUCUUGCUCUCUGUCUUCUUUCUUUCCCGCCUCUCUUCCUGCUUUCUCCUCCUCCUCCUCUAUUUCUUCAUUCUCCUCCUGUCCUCUUCCUCUUUUCGCCUCUUGCCCUCUUCAUGUUUUCUCCUUCUGCUCACUAUUCUUGCUUUCUUUUCCUACCCUCUUUCUUUUCGUGCUCUCUUUCUUUUCUUACUCUCUUUCUGCUUUCUCCUCCUCCUCUUCCUCUCUUUAUUCUUUCUCCUCCAGCUAUAUUCCUGAUUUUUUCUCCUACUCUCUUUUCCUGCUUUCUCAUCUUCCUCCUACUUCCUACUUUACCCUCUUCUUUUUUUCUUUCCGCUCUUUCAUUUCCUUUCCUUCUUAGCGACAGUUGCCAAUGUCUUAGAUCAAUAGCAAAAUCAAAACCAAUCUACGUACCUGGCGCGCUCGAUGUUUUUUUGUUUUUUUUUUCUGGUUUCAAUUCCUCAUCUGUCUGCUUCUUAAAUUACUGUUGA